AUGUGGCCCCUGGCCGCCGCGAUCUCUUUGCUGUCGGUGGCCUGGUCAGGAGGCAUCUCUCGGGAGCAUCCCAAGAUUCUCAACGGCACCAAUGGGACCAACGGGUUCCUUCCUGGUGGCUACACCUGUAUCCCCCACUCUCAGCCCUGGCAGGCAGCCCUACAGGUGCAAGGGCGGCUGCUCUGCGGGGGAGUCCUGGUGCACCCCAGAUGGGUCCUCACCGCAGCGCACUGUCUAAAGGAAGGGUACAGAGUGUACCUGGGCAAGCACGUCCUGGCGCGCAUGGAGGCUGGCGAGCAGGUGAGGGAGGUGGCCCGAGCUAUCCCCCACCCUCGGUACCAGAGCAGCCCCACCCACCUGAACCAUGACCACGACAUCAUGCUUCUGGAGCUGAAGUCCGCCGUGCAGCUCAGCAGGCACAUCCAGACCCUGCCCCUCUCCCGGCAGCGCUGCCUGCCGCCCGGCACCUGCUGCCGCGUGUCUGGCUGGGGUACCACCACCAGCCCCCAGGUGAGUUACCCCCAAACCCUCCAAUGUGCCAACAUCGAGCUUCGCUCAGAUGAGGAGUGUCGUCAAGUCUACCCGGGGAAGAUCACACCCAACAUGCUCUGUGCCGGCACAAAAGAGGGUGGCAAUGACUCUUGUGAGGGUGACUCCGGGGGUCCCCUGGUCUGUAACGGAACACUUCACGGCAUCAUCUCCUGGGGAGACUUCCCAUGUGGGCAGCCCAACCGGCCUGGUGUCUACACCCGAGUUUCUCAGUAUGUUCCAUGGAUCCAAGAAACAAUCCGGAAACGGAAAGCUCGGCAGCAGGAAUGGACGAAGGGCCUGCAAUAA